UUUGAAUGCCAAGACCGAGCACCAACAGCCCAAUGGCGGCUGUGAUUCGGCGAAUCGCCAAAAAGUUGACUGCAUGGUUUCCUGGUCACGAUCCGACCUUCUUUCGUAACGAACUUCCACUUCCUUGACCCUCACUUUAUUCUCUCCAUCCACACACGGGUGUUCGGUUCAGGUUACUCCCUACGCUGUACACUCUCACACACUCCUUUGUUUAAUGUCGCGGUAAAUAACCUGUUGGCUACCUACUCACUGGCCCGCACCAUCUACCGACGAAACCCGAACCCUCCUCUCUCUCCUCUCUACCUACCUAUCCAUAGCUACCUACUAGAUCAAGAUGAACUCGUCCGUUCUUCCCAAGGCAGCCCUCCCGGCUCGCCACUUCUCUCCCGCGCAAAUAUGUCGUCGCCAGAGGUUUAGAGCCUGUGCCGGAAGAAAGGCUUCUGCUGCUGGCUUUACUGUAGUUGCUAGGCCUCGCACCAGCCGCUCAACCACACCCACCACUUCUCCCACGAGGCCUAUCUCGAAGCCAAGGACCUUCCACACCACCAACCGCCUGCUUGCUACACCUCGCGACCCCUACGGCGUACUGGGUGUUGACCGGAGCGCCUCGCAAUCCGACAUCAAAAAGGCCUACUACGGCCUAGCCAAGAAAUACCACCCCGAUACGAACAAGGACCCCAACGCCAAGGACAAGUUUGCCGAGAUCCAGUCCGCCUACGAAAUCCUAUCUGAUCCCGAGAAGAGGAAGCAGUUCGACCAGUUCGGCGCUGCUGGCUUCGAAGCAGGCGGCCACCCCGGCCCUGGUGGUGAACCGUUUGGCGGCGGGCACCCCUUUGGCGGCUUCGGCGGACGCGGCGGCUUCGGCGCAAACAUCAACCUCGAUGAUCUCUUCUCAGCAUUUACCGGUGGUGGCCGUGGUCCCUUUGGCGGCGGCGGCGGCGGUCGGGGUCCGUUCCAGCCCGAGAUUUUCGAGGGUGACGAUAUCGAGGUGCAGGUGCAGGUGUCGUUCAUGGAGGCGGCCAAGGGAACCAAAAAGACGAUUACGAUCCUGCCUCUGAAGCAAUGCGGCACAUGUAGCGGUAGCGGUUUGAAGAAGGGCACUCAAAGGUCGACGUGCAAGUCGUGCGGCGGUUCCGGUCAAAAGGUCGUCACGGUCAUGGGCGGUUUCCAGAUGGGCACCGUUUGCAACGCCUGCAACGGCAGCGGCACGGUGACGCCCAAGGGUUCCGAGUGCUCGACUUGCUCGGGCGACGGUGUGGUGAGGGAGCGCAAGACCUUGGUGGUGGAUAUUCCCGGCGGUAUCGAGGACGGCAUGAAGCUACGCAUCAGCGGCGAGGGUGACGCGCCCCCAUUAGGCAGACAGUCAAACCCCAACGCCCAAGGCACCCAGGGCGACCUGUACGUCCACGUCCGGGUUGCGCCCGACCCCAAGUUCCAGCGUCACGGCUCCGACAUCCUCUACACGGCAACGAUACCGCUCACCACAGCCAUUCUCGGCGGCGAAGUCACCAUCCCCACGCUCGAGGGCGACGCCAAGGUCCGUGUCGCCACUGGCACCAACACCGGCGACAAGAUGACCAUGGCGGGCAAGGGCAUGCCCAAGCUCAAGGGCCGUCGCGGGGCCAAGGGCGACCUGCGCGUCGAGUUCCGCGUCAACAUGCCCAAGUAUCUGAGCCCCAACCAGCGUACCAUCAUCGAGAUGCUAGCGGACGAGAUGGGCGACAAGACGGCCAAGCGCGUUAUGGACAUUCACAGGACGUCGUCGACAUCUGGGACUUCUACCGAUAACACUGCUGAGGACCACAAGAAUGAAGGUUUCCUCAAAUCGCUGUGGCAUAACUUGACCAACCCUGCUCAUCAGCAAAAGGAUGGAUCGGAAGAGGCCAAGAAGGAGGAUGGCGAAAAGAAGGACGACACCAAGAAGGAGUAAGGCGGUCCGAAACAUCAAGAUGAAGAAUGGCAUCAUCCCAUAUCGGCAUUGGUGGGUGGAGGAGAACGGACUGCAGGGGUAAUCACCUAUCAGCGGUCGGGCUCGCACAAUAAUCAGGCGUCUAGACGUCUAGACACAUCUCCGACACAUCGAUCGGCUUACCUCAAAAGGAUUUGGGCGGCCUCUGUUUUGGAUGGGCGGCGGCGGCGGCGGCAUGAAUCAUGGCGACGGCGAGAGAAGGGAAGAAGACUGUACACUACCAGAAUCCAAGACGGACAGGGCAGUGUUGUUGUAAGUUUCACCCAAACGAGAUGCAAAUGGCAAUGUACAUUACAUAUACAAACUACACUCUAGAUACCGAGAACCAUUUGGGUUCAUUUCUUGUAUACCUACCUACCUACCUACCUACGGAAUCUGUCCCCAAGAUUGUUAUCUAGAAGGAACAAACAGUCAGGUUUUCAUUCACUUCAGUUGGGUCACUGCCUGAUUUGUCGUACUGUUCUCAUCGGUCACCUCCCCAUCUUCGAGAUGUAUCAACCAUACUUGUUCGUGCCACAGUACUUAUACCCAGCUACUUAACCAAGUAACUCAUCUCCCCGUCACUGACGAGACUCACACGAGCUCCUCAUUCGCUUAUAUUCUCCCUUUUCCUCUUCUUCAUCCAUUUGAUCACUGCAUCUCGCCCUCUUCUUACUACCUGUAGAGGUAGUACUCUGGUCUGUAUUCCCCCCCUCUGUCUGCACGUACUUCACCGGCAUUUCACUCCCCUUCCUCCUCCCCCCAAAGCCACCAUUACUUCCAUUACUUCCAAAACAACUUGCCUCCUUUGCCUCCUUUACCUCAUGCGAUGACGACAACGACAGCCGUGGUAGCGGCGGCAUGUGCGCAUCCCCCAUCUCCGUAUCCCCAUCAUACCCCCUCUCAAAUUCCCGUGCAUCCUUCCAGUUAUAGUGACUCCCACUACCCGACGAUACAUCCAUGUCUACCAUCUCAACAUCUCCAUCUUCAUCGUUGUACCCACUCCCAAUUUGAAGCCGAGCACUAUCCAUCCUUCCCCCCUUGGCACCCGGAAACCUCCGUACAUCCUUUACAUCCCGUUCCUCACGUACCCGUUGCUUCAAACUCGGGUAGGACUGCACCCCCCAUCUCCUCGGGACUUUCUCAGAGGGGGAGGAAGAAUUUAAAUCUGACGGAUUGUUCAUCCAGGACGGAGGAGGAGGAGGAAGUUGUGUCGGUGAUGGGAAUGGUGUUGACGACGACGACGACGACGACGACGACGACGACG